AUGUUGCAGCUCUGGGAAAUCAGGGAGGAGUGGAUCUCAGCCUAUUUCAAGAACGUCUUCUGCGCAAGAAUGACAUCUACUCAGCGCUCAGAAAGCAUGAAUGCAUCCCUAAAGCGUAGUCUGUUAAAUGAGAAGCUCAGUCUGAACCGUUUUGCAGAACAAGUUACCAAACUAAUAUUCCAAAUGAGACAGGCAGAAAAUUUAAAGACAUAUGCAAUACAGUCAAAAACAAAUAAGAGAACCCAUUAUGGAUUUGAGCAUCAAUUCCAGCAACUUUAUACGAAGACUGUUUUCAAAGAGUUGCAGGCUCUGCUGAAGAAAAGCACACUCUUCCGCAUAAAACCAAACCCAGACUACCCUGAACUUGAUGAGUACAAUUAUCUGGUGACCUAUCACCAACCAACGACCGACUUUUCAUGGUCAAACCAUCAGUUCAGAGUACUUGCAGAUCCUAUUGGAGGCGAAUACAGGUGCGAGUGUCUGCUAUGGGAACACACAGGACUGUUCUGCCUACAUGUUUUAUGCCUGCUGGACCACCUGAGGGUUGAUAGCAUUCCACUCAGUUACAUACUAAGGAGGUACACUAAUGGAGCGCGACAUAGAGGAACUUUUGAUAGGAGGGAUUACAAGACACAAGGUUCUGAUGGAACCUCGUAUCUGUACCAGCAGAAUGAAGUACUACAACUGGCUAUGAAAGUUGUUAGGAAAGCAACAUGCUCGGAAGAACAGUGGGCAAGAGAAAAAGUUGAAAACCAACAGACAUAUACUGAUUGUCCUAACCAGCAAGAUGAUCAGCCUGACAAUGAUGGUAACAGUAUGCCGCAGAGGGUUAUACUACCACCACCUAAGUCCAAAACUAAAGGAAGCAGGAAUAAAGAACCUGGUGGCUCUAAACCUCCAGGAGCUAUGAAGAAAAAGGUGCAGAAGACUGUGAAGAGGGAAGGGAAGAACACUUGCAGUAUAUGCAAGUCGAAACGGGACACAACUCUAGAUCUUGUCCAAAAGAUCCUAGAGUAA